AUGCCUUGUUUGAACAUCUCGACCAACGUCAGCCUCGAUGACGUCGACAGCUCCAUUCUCUCCGAGGCCACCUCCAGUGUCGCCAAGCUCAUCGGCAAGCCCGAGACCUACGUGAUGAUUGUGUUGAAGGGAUCAGUCCCCAUGGCUUUUGGCGGGACCGAGCAAACUGCCGCCAGCGGCGAGUUGGUCUCAAUCGGUGGGCUGAACCCCGAUUUGAACAAGAAGCUGAGCGCCGUAAUCGCUUCGAUCCUGGAAGCCAAGUUGUCCAUCCCCAAGUCGCUGUUCUUCCUGAAAUUUUACGAUACCAAGGGUUCCUUCUUUGGAUGGAAUGGAUCCACCUUCUGAGCUAAUAUCGCCCGCUCGUUGCCGUUCGUCGUCCGGCCUUAUCUUCAAGGAGCACCAGACAUGCUCUUUUUCGAAUUGCUUUGCAAGGGAGAGCCUUGGAGCCGGGGGUUCCCAACCAAGUCAAAUCCAGUGGAACAUUCAACAUCGAGGGAUUUCGUUCAUCAACGAUCAUUGAAGCUUCCGUAGUUGACAUAAUCAACACUCGGAACCUCGUUUUUUGCACAUUAAAUAGGUAUGAUUCGGAUCUGAAACUUUUUGAAUAAUUGGCCGUGCAAUAGCGUUUAGAUGUGAGUUUGAUUCAUAUUUGCCUCGUUGAUUGUUUGACUGAGGCUGAUGUCGAGUUUUCGUUUGUUUUUAUGUAUUACUUGACAAGAAAUGAAGAGAAUUGGAGGAAAUUGUAAUUGUAUUUCUCCGUGUAUUACGU